AAAGACUAGCUUGCAAAAAUCACCAAACAUUAUUCAUUAGACUAUUUAUUCAUUAGUGGGUCAAAACAAAUCUAAAAAUGAUUCGCUGGCUGUCCUUACUUCUCUUAAUCUCUGUUGGAUUUUGUCACCGAUACUUCAGUCCUUUUGACUUUCUCAAGUAUGAGGAAGCUGUUGUGAACACAGAUCCCAGUGUGGUUAUCACUGUCACUCCCAAUCAGUUGAAUAAAUCAGGGGAUUGGGUUACAGUUGCUUGGGAUGGUGUAUCUCAUCCAUCAGAUACUGACUGGAUUGGUGUGUAUGCUCCACCAAAUGGAGAGGAGUCCAUCGACCCAUCUAAAAUUGCACCAGUCAAAUAUCAAUAUUGUAACGAAUCUUCCACUCAUAUGUCUUCUGGUAAAGGUUCUUUUAAGAUUCGUCUGGUCAAUGUGAGGACUCCUUACAUGUUUGCAUUACUAAAAGGAGGUUUUGAUGCUCCUUCUCUUGUUGCUACAUCUAAGCAGGUCACAUUCUCUAGUCCCAAUGAGCCACUCCAGCCUCAUCUAGCACUAACCAGUGACCCAACUACCCUAUUAUUGACAUGGAACACUAGAGAUUCUAAAGAGCCAAAAGUCAAGUUUUGGCAAAAUACGACAACUAAUAUAAGGACUCAGGCAGCUACUUCGAAUAAAUACACUAGCAAGGACAUGUGUGGGCCUCCAGCUACUACUGUAGGAUAUAUUGACCCAGGAAUGCUUCAUACUGCUAAACUGUCAGGAUUAACACCUGGUCAAGAGUAUAACUAUCAGUUUGGUGAUGAUCCUGAGUGGAGUCAAGUGUUCUCAUUUCGUAUGCCUCCUGCCCCUUCACCUAAUGCUAGCAUCUCCUUCAUUGCUUUUGGAGAUAUGGGUCAAGCUCAGGUGGAUGAUACACUUCGACCACUUUACGUGCAUGCACAGCCUCCAGCUGUCAACAACACUAACCUCAUGGCAAAGGAAGUGAAUGAGAGAGACCUGGUACUUCACAUUGGAGACAUUAGCUAUGCAAUUGGAUAUGCUGGAGUGUGGGAUGAGUUCUUUGAUCUCAUUCAGCCAAUAUCAUCUCGAGUCCCUUACAUGGUGUGUGGUGGUAAUCACGAAAGAGACUACCCACACUCUGGUUCUUAUUACGAAGGUACUGAUUCUGGUGGAGAGUGUGGAGUACCUUAUGAGAUGAGGUUUCAAAUGCCACGCCCAGACCCCAAACAACACUGGUAUGAUUUUUCACUUGGUAGUGUCCAUUUUGUGUUGAUGAGCACUGAGAUUGAUUUCACUGUCAAUUCAGUUCAGUACAAUUGGCUAAAGGAUCACUUGUCUUCUGUCGAUAGAUCUGUCACACCAUGGCUCAUAUUUGCUGGCCACAGGCCCAUGUACAUCGAUAGUGAUUAUGGGCUUCUGCCAUCCAGUGAUUUGGUAGUUUCUAAAGAACUACAGGACAACAUUGAGCCACUACUCCUGGAAUACAAAGUUGAUCUAGCAUUUUGGGGUCACCACCACUCCUACCAGAGGACAUGUCCUGUUGCUAAGAAAGUCUGUCAGGAUGAUGGAACUGCUCCAGUUCACGUCGUCAUUGGAAUGGCUGGACAUUCACUCUCUACAAAUAUACAAAAUAAGCAACCAGAUUGGAUACGGUUUGUUGAUGUUGAUGAUUAUGGUUAUACCAGGAUAAGUGUUAGUCCACUCUCCCUCACAUUGGAGUACAUAAAAUCUGAUGGUACAACCAAAGACACAUUCACACUCAAACACACCAAGUGAAUAAUCCAGUGUGCCACUGUGCUAUAACUUCCUUUGAUUGUGAUUGACUUUUACAAAAAUUGCUGUAUUUUUUUAUUGCCUAUAUCCAGCUAAUACCUUUUAUGUAAUGAAUUAAUGUGUGUAUUAAUUGCUGUACAAAGCUGUGUAUUAAUUGCUGAA